AUGACGCCGGCUGAAAUUUUGCUGAAAUUCGAAGAUCUCAAAAUGAAAUUGUGGAAUUUGGACGCUUUUGUACAUAAUCACACUGAUUUUCGGAACAAGUUUAUAAGGUACGGUUUUUUGGCGCGAAAAAUUGAUCUCCUACGAUUACUGUAGAUUUCUGAGCGCCAAAAUAAUAUUUUUGAAUUUUCAAAUUUUCCCGCCAACCUCUUAACAUGAGCAAUACCUUAUUUAGUGUCAAAUUAAAGCUCUUAACAUGAGCACUACCUUAUUUAGGGUCAAAUUAAAGCUCCUAAACCCACGAAAAAUUAUUUUCAAUUUUUUCCAGAUAUUCCGCCCCAGCAAUUGUCAAAAAAUGGCCAGUAAGUUGAUUUUUUGCAUUUUUUUUCCUCUUUUGCCCCACGAAAAAGUAAUUGAAACCUUUUUUUUUUCAUUUCCGUUUUUUUCACUCAAAAAACUAAAAGAGAGAGAGAGAGAGACGCAGAGAAAACGGAGAAAAUGUUUCGAAAUUAAAUUUGCAAGUUUUUUUGCAUGAAAAAAUUAACAGAUGUUGAAACUUUUGCUAAAAUUUCGAAUUUUUUUUGAAAAUUUUACGACAAAAACUUUAAUUUUUGAUCUAAUUUCUCAAUUUCCACUUGACACCAAAAAAAAAUCAAAUUUCCUUCUCAAAAAAAGUGUUUUUUUUCUCGCUUCUUUAUUUCGGGGCCCAAUUCCCCAAAGUGAGUACUUUUCGACUAAAUUUUCCCUUUUUUUUGUGUGGGACCACAAAAAUCUUUUUCUAUAUUUUUUCUAAAAAAAAUUCCAAAAAAUGAUCAAUGCGAUUUUGGAGAAGCAUUAUUUUCAGGUUGGAACUUUUUUUUUUUGAAAAUUUAAUUUUUUUUAUAUGAGAUUUCGCGGUGAAAUUCGAAAAUUUGAAAAUUUAUUGGAAAUGCCACGUGGCAAUUUUUUUUGAAAAAUUUUAAAAUUUCAAUUGUUCAGAAAUUUAAUUUAAAAUUCCGUCGAAUCUUGAAAAUUCAAAAAUUUGACAAAAACGACACGUGGCUUCAAAAUUUAAUUUAAAAAAAUGAGAUUUCGGCGCGAAAUUCGAAAAUUUCAAAAAUUUAUUGGAAAUGCAACGUGGCAAUUUUUAAAAAAAUUUUUUUUCAAUUCUAUUUUGCAGAAACUUAAUUUAAAAUUCCGGCAAAUCUUGAAAAUUCAAAAUUUUUACAGUAAUCUAAUGAGAUUUCGACGCGAAAUUCGAAAAUUCAAAAAUUCAAAAACUUUGUAAUUCUCUCGGAAAAGUGGCUUGUCCUCGAGAACUACAAAAAAAAAAUCAAAAAAAAAAAAUUGAUUUUUCGCGCCUCACCGAAAACAAUUCCCCAGGGGAUUUCGAGGCUUUCCGCAAAAAAAUCCCCCAUUUUUUGUGGUGUGAACAAAAAAAAUUUGUAUUAUUUUCGCUUCUUCUUCGCGCCGUUGCUAUGGAUUAGGAUUAGAUUAUUUUUCCUCGCAAUUUUUAUUUUUAUGAGUUUUCUGUUGUUUGCGCGAUGAAAAGAUACAUUUUCAGUUUUUUCAGUUAAAAAAAACGAAAAAAAAUUUUAGCUCGCAGGUGGGGUCGAACCCUGGCUGUGAGAACAAUAGACCCGCGCGCUAACCAUUCGGCCACACGCCUCUGCGUUUUUCUUCGCGAAAUUGUCAUAUUCAAAAGGCGCGUUCGGAAAAAUCUUUCAUGUUUGCCACGUGGCAUUUUUAUUGUUGUUACAAGUCCAAAGGGGCGUGAAAAAUGUGCGAAAAGUACUAAAAUAUCGAAUUUCACUGCCUUUUAUGGCUCAAUGAGCUUUUAUUUUUUCUUGUGUUACCUUACGAGACAAUUUUAUUUCAUUUUCAAAAAAAUUUUUUCGGGCGCCACAAAACUCUAAAAAAAAGUUUUGUGACAAAAUCGCGUGUCCAAGAGCUUCCUUUUUCUCGAAAAAAAAAACAGAAAAAUGUGUAGUUCUCGAGGACAAAUCAAUAAAAUUUCAAAAUUCCAAAUUUCGCGCCUAGUAGAUCAAAUUUUCCACGUUUUCCAAUUUUCCUGCGCAUUUUUUUCUCUGCGUCUCUCACUCUCUCUCGCCCCCCUUUGGGGGCUCAUUUUUUACCUGCUUUUUUCUUUCAAGCACACAUUCUUUAAUUGACGAGAGAGUAUUCGGAGCGGAGAGACGCAGAGAAAAUGAGGUAUUCAUUGUGUGAAAAAGAAGAAGAAGAAGAAAGCCGCGCGAGCAGUAGAAAAAUUUAUUUUACAUUUUUUUUAGAGCCGGGGCUCGGCUUUUAAGAAGCGGGGCAGCGCGAAAUGAGCAACCAUGUGUGAAGGGCGGAUUUUCUUGGUUGCUUUUUCUAUUUUUUUUUUUGAAAAUCUCAAUUUUGGCGGCCGAAAAAAUCUACCGUAAUUUUGAUGGCGCGAAAAAUGGAGAAUUCAAAAAUCUGACAAUGUGGCAAUUUUUGGGCGCCAAAAUUUGAUUUUUGAAAAUUUUCCCAAAAAAAACCACGUGGUUUUUGACACCAAAAUUUUUAAUUUUAAGAAAAUUAUUUUUUCGCGCCGUUUUUUAAUUUUCAAAAGUUGCGAAACAUUUUGCCACGUGGCAAUUUUUGACGCGAAAAAUUUUUAAUUUUAAGAAAAUUUUCAAAAAUUAUUUUUUCGCGCCUCUUUUUUAUUUUCAAAACUUUCGAAACAGUUUGCCACUUGGCAAUUUUUGGGCGCCAAAAUUUGAUUUUUGAAAAUUUUUCCAUAAAAAUCUAUGCCACGUGGUUUUUGACACCAAAAUUUGUAAUUUUCAAAAAUUAUUUUUUCGCGCCUCUCUUUAAUUUUCAAAACUUUCGAAACAGUUUGCCACUUGGCAAUUUUUUGACGCGAAAAAUUUGAAUUUUUGAAAAUUUUCCCAUAAAAAUCUAUGCCACGUGGUUUUUGACACCAAAAUUUGUAAUUUUCAAAAAUUAUUUUUUCGCGCCUCUCUUUAAUUUUCAAAACUUUCGAAACAGUUUGCCACGUGGCAAUUUUUUGACGCGAAAAAUUUGAAUUUUUGAAAAUGUUCCCAAAAAAAUCUAUGACACGUGGUUUUUGACACCAAAAUUUGUAAUUUUCAAAUAUUAUUUUUUCGCGCCGUUUUUUAAUUUUCAAAAUUUUCGAAACAGUUUGCCACGUAGCAAUUUUUCAACGCAAACAUUUUUAAUUUUCAAAAUUAUUUUUUUUUCGCGCCAAAAAUACCUUUUUGAAAAUUGCAAAAUUUUUCCAUUUUUUUUUUUGAAAAAAAUUUCAAUCACCAUAAAACCUUUCCUUAGUUUUUUUUUUCAAAAAAAAGAAAAAAAAAGAAAACAGAAAAAUGUAAUUUCUUCCAAAAGAAACUCAUUUUUCUUCUUUGUUUUUCCAUUUUUCAAAAGUUUUCUGUUUUAAGAAAAAAAAAACUUUUUUUUUUGAAUUUUCAAAUUCUCUUAACAUGAGCAAUCCUAAAAUACUUGAAUUCAGAUCGAAGAGCAAAAAACCGGGAUGGACUACAUUUCAAGUUUCGAUAUUCGAUUGAAUAAAGAUGUUUAUUACGCGGGAGAAACGAUAAGUGGAAGUGUUUUGCUGGAAAACACGGAAAACAUCAAAAUUCGAGGUUAGAAUUGGAUUUGGCGCGAAAUUUCCAUCUAGAAAAGUUUUUUCCCGCGCGCGAAAUAUAGAUUUUCAACAAAAAAAUGUUUUUUUUAGGAAUCCGCGUGUUGCUGCGCGGAAAAGUUCACGCAACUCUAAAAGUCGUCAAAUCCGGCGAGCGCCGGACUCUCAAAGACGAUCAAUACGUUUUGGAUGAGAAACAACUUCUAUGGGGCAAGGAUAAGAAUGAUGAGAGUGAGAGUACGCCGAUUUUGGCGCGUGGUGUACACCAAUUCUCUUUUAAUUUUGAUCUACCACAAAGUGCGUUGCCUUGUUCGUUGGAAAGUCGACAUUGUACUAUUCGAUACUAUUUUAAGGUGGGUUUAUUGAUUAAUUAGCAAAAAUUGCGUGAAAAACGGUUUUUUGUGGAAAAAAAUAGGGAAAAAACAACGACACUCCGCUAUAUUUUUGGCGUGCCUGUGGUUUAGCAGCAUUUUAUUACUUAUUUAUUCAAUUAGCUUGAUAAAUUAGCAAAAAUUCCGAGAAAAACGGUUUUUUGUGAAAAAAAAUUAAGAAAAAACAACGACACUCCGCUAUACUUUUGGCGUGCCUGUGGUUUAGCAGCAUUUUAUUACUUAAAUAUCUAAUUAGCUUGAUUAAUUAGCAAAAAUUGCGUGAAAAAUGGUUGAAUUUUCGAAUUAAAAUCAAGUUAGACGUUUUUCAGUGAAAAAUCGAAGCAAAAAUUGAGAAAAUUGAGGUUUUCUAUGAUAAAUCCAUUUUUUGCUGAAAAAUUUCAAAUUCCCCGCCGAAAAAAACCUACGUCCUUUGUUCUCAACGGCAAAUUUCCAAUAUUCGUAUUUCCCAGCGGCAAAUUUGAAUCUCCAGGUCGAAUUUCGAGUGCCAAGCCGGCAUUUUCCUCUGAAAUUAAAAAUUCACUGAAAAAUGUAAAAUUCGGAAUCUUAAACCGAUUUUUUUCGACAAAAAAGGAAAAAAAGAAAACAAAAAUCAAUUUUAUGAUGGUAUUUCAAUAAAAACACGAGAAAAAAAAACGGUUUUCUGUGAAAAAAUUGAAAAGAAAACAACGACACUCCGCUAUACUUUUGGCUUGCCUGUGGUUUAGCAGCAUUUUCUUUUUUUUCGAAAAUAAUUUUUUUUUCUUGCAAAAAAGCGUAUUCUAGUUUCCAAGGCAAUUUUUGAUUUCCCGUGUAGUUCUCGUGGACAAAAAUCCCCGCCAAGUUCAAAAAUUCAAAUUUUUGCAGGUAAUCAUCGAUAUUCCCUAUGCUUCCUCACCCCAAGGCGUCAAAUAUUUCACAAUCAUCGGCCCCCACAUCGACAGUAUGGAAGAGAAAUACCUGAGCCCACUAACCGCCCAAGAUCGCAAAGUGACGUGCUGCUGGUGUUGUCAACGGGGCGCACUUGCUCUUCGUGUAAUUCUGGAGAGAACCGCCUAUGUCUGCGGGGAGAAUGUGCGAAUUCGCGCGCAGAUUGAAAACCGCCAAAUUAGCGCACAAUCGCUGGUGAUUCGCCUGCAGCAACACGUGGAAAUAUUUGUGGAGAAGGGGCUGUUGGGCGAGACGAAAAUGAUGAGCGCCGUGGUUUUUGAGCACAAAUCGCCGGCGGUGGCGGCGAAUUCGCAGGGCAAAUAUGAUUCGACGUUGGAGCAGCCGAUUAGGUUGCCGGUUGUGCCACCGACACUUGUCGGGGUUUGCCGAUUGAUACAGAUUUAUUAUAUUUUGAGGGUGAGCAACAAAAAAUGCUGAAAAUCUGAAAUUUUCAGCUUUUUCUCAAUCCAAUAGCUUGAAAUAUGAGAAUUCUUGCUUUUGGGUUGAGGAAAAGCUAAAUUUUCAGCCAAAAAUGUUGAAAAUCUGAAAUUUUCAGCUUUUUUUCAACCCAAUAGCUUGAAAUAUGAGAAUUCUUGUAUUUGGGCUGAGAAAAAGCUGGAUUUUCAGCCAAAAAUGUUGAAAAUCUGAAAUUUUCAGCUUUUUCUCAACCCAAUAGCUUGAAAUAUGAGAAUUCUUGUAUUUGGGCUGAGAAAAAGCUGGAUUUUCAGCCAAAAAUGUUGAAAAUCUGAAAUUUUCAGCUUUUUCUCAACCCAAUAGCUUGAAAUAUGAGAAUUCUUGCUUUUGGGUUGAGGAAAAUCUGGAUUAUCAACCAAAAAUGUUGAAAAUCUGAAAUUUUCAGCUUUUCCUCUGAAAAUUUCAGAUUUCAAGCAUUUUUGGCUUUUUACUACUAAAAUUUAGGAUUGCUCAGAUUAUAUCAAUUUAAGGAAGAGUUAGGCUAAAUGACAAUUUUAUCUCUAACCUGAGCAAUGAAGCUUCAAGCCUUUUCUUUGAAUUAACAUUGCUCAGAUUAUAGUUUUACCCAAAAAUUAACUUAUGAAUUUCAAAUAGAAUCUAAUAUUUUCAAAAAAAAAUACAUUGCUCAGUUUAUUAAUAUAAUCUGAGCAAUCCUCUAAAUCUCUGAUUUUAGUGAAACUCUAAUCUGAGCAAUGAUUUUGUUUUUGAACAUUUUUUUAGACACACGAUUGCUCAGGUUAUAAUUUAGCCUGAAAAUGAAAAAAAAAUCAUUGCUCAUAAUUAAUAUAAUCUGAGCAAUCCUUAAUUAGUGGAAAUUGUGAAAUACUAUAAUAUGAGUAAUGUUAAACUUCAUUGCUCAGAGUAUGCUUCUCUGCGUCUCUUCUAACUGAACUUUUUGUAGUUCUCGAGGAGAAGUUCACACAAAACUGUGUAGUUCUCGAGGACAACCCGACUAUUUUUUGCAGGUUUGCAUGGAAGAUGAAAAAGGCAACGAAUGUCUUCAUAUGGAUUUUCCAUUGACAGUUGCAACCCUGCCCUACCGUAUUCCAAAUUGUCCACAACCGCCAGUUGAUUACGGUAAUUUUUAGCCCAAUUUUUAGGCUUUAGGCUUCCUUAGGGUCUCUAAAAUCCAAAUUUUCAACAAAAAAAGCAUGUUUGGGCUCUCUGGACUCCAAAUUUCAUGAAAAAUCCCGCAAAAAAUUGCAGAUUUUUGCUCAAACCACGUGGAAGGCGGAAAAUACGUGUCACCCGAAUUUCGGCUCGGUCAAGUUUACGACGGUGAAAAUAGUGGAGAAAUCGGCAAAGAGGAGGAGAUCGUACUGUAUCGACCGGUUUAUGUGAAGAUGGCCGAAAGGAAAUUGGGCUCACCGCAUGUUGGAACUGGUGGAUUUGGGGGUGGCAAGGAUUUUAGAAGUGGAUCGGUGGGUUUUGAGGGGAAGAGGGCGCGAUUUUUGAAUUCUACGUGGAAUUUUGGUCUAAAAAUGGUGAAAAAAUUUUAAUUAGGCGCGAAAAUUAGAAAAUUCAAAAAAAAAACUUUUGGGGUCGAGAUUAAAAAUUCAAAAAAUUGUAAUUUUGAAAUUCAAAAAAUUUUAAUUUCGCGCGAAAAUCUAAAAAUUCAAAAAAUUUUAAUUAGGCGCGAAAAUUAGAAAAUUCAAAAUUCUGUUUUUCGACGCGAAAAUCUAAAAAUUCAAAAUUCUGCUUUUUCGCGCGAAAAUUUAAAACUUAAAAAAAAUUGAAUUUCGAAAUUCAAAAGAUUUUAAUUUGGCGCAAAAAUUUGAAAAUUCAAAAAAAAAAAUUUGGGGUCGAAAUUUGAAAAUUCAAAAUUCUGUUUUUCGACGCGAAAAUCUAAAAAUUCAAAAAUUGUAAUUUUACUGAAAAAUCCACGUGGGAAAAUAACAGAAAAAAUUUUUUAAAUCAAUUUUUUGAACCAUCAAAAAAUCUAGUUUGAAAAUUUGCCACGUGGAUUUUCCAGUGAACAUUCAAAAUUUUCUGAAUUUCAAAAAUGGCGCGGAAAAUUUGAAAAUUCAAAAAAAAUUGCAACGUGUCAAAAAUUUCUAGACAUAUUUUUGAACCACCAAAAAAUCAAGUUAAAAUCCACGUGUCAAACAAAUUUCUAGAUAAAAAUUUCACGCAGAUCUCAAAUCUCGCCACCAUCUCAAUCAAUUUUCAUUACAGUUCACCCGGAUCGCCGAUUCAAGCCUGGCUCUGGUCACCGAGCCAAACGGAGCAAGACGACGAAGUAUUGUGAUCGCCUCGAAUCCGUGUUUGGCAAUUCGAGACGAAUCGAUGGACGAAAAACUGUUGUUGAAUGAAAAUGAUCCGCUUGUCAAGUGA